AUGUUCAGCCGUCUCAUCUCCGCCGCGGCUCUCCUGUCCGUGACAGGAUCCGUCCUUGCGGCCUCAUCUCCUUCCUACGACUACAUCGUCAUCGGCGGUGGAACGAGCGGUCUUGCCGUCGCCAACCGACUCUCCGAGAACCCCAAGGUCAAGGUGCUCGUCGUCGAGGCCGGUGACUCUGUCUACAACAACCCGAAUGUCACGGCCGCGGACGGCUACGGGCUGGCCUUCGGCACGGACAUCGACUGGCAGUAUGAGUCGACAAACCAGACGUAUGGAGGCGGCAGCAAGCAGGUCCUGCGCGCUGGAAAGGCCCUGUCUGGAACCAGUGCCAUUAACGGAAUGGCAUACACCCGCGCUGAAGACGUGCAAGUCGACGCCUGGGAGACCAUCGGCAACGAGGGCUGGACCUGGUCCUCCCUGCUCCCCUACUACCUAAAGAGCGAGAACCUCACGAACCCAUCCACGCCGCAACUCGCCGCCGGCGCGCGCCCCAACGCCGACUUCAACGGCGAGGACGGACCCCUGAAGGUGGCCUACUCCGUUACCUCGCCCAGCCAGCUCACCACCGUGCUGAACAAGACGCACGCCAACCUGGGCGUGCCCUGGACCGACGACGUCAACGGCGGAAAGAUGCGCGGCCUCAACGUCUUCCCGUCCACCUUGGACGCGACGCUCCAGGUCCGCGAAGACGCCGCUAGAGCGUACUACUUCCCCUUCCAGGACCGCAGGAACCUGCACGUGCUGCUGAACACGUUCGCGAACCGCAUCGUCUGGUCCAACGAGUCCUCCCACGGAGACGCCACCGCCCGGGGCGUCGAAAUCGCCUCCCGCAACGGCACCGUCAGCGUCGUCUCCGCCUCCCAGGAAGUCAUCGUCUCGGCCGGCUCGCUCAAGACCCCCGGCAUCCUCGAACUCUCCGGUAUCGGCAACCCCGACAUCCUCUCCAAAUACAACAUCCCCGUAACGGUCGACCUGCCCACCGUCGGCGAGAACCUGCAGGACCAAGUCAACGCCGCGUUCGCCGCGACCACCCGCACCAACAUCACCGGCGGGUCCACCGUCACAUACCCCAACGUGUAUGACAUCUUCGGCAACGAAACCGCCUCGAUCGCGCACACGUUGCGCUCCAACCUGCACAAAUACGCACACGAGACCGCCAAGGUCAACGGCAACAUCAUGAAAGCCAAACAUCUCCUCCCGCUGUUCGAACUGCAAUACGACCUCAUCUUCAACCAGAGGACCCCCAUCGCCGAGAUCCUCUUCAUGCCCGGCGGUGCCGCCGCCCUGUCGUCUGAGUUCUGGUCCCUGCUCCCCUUCGCCCGUGGAAACGUGCAUAUCGCCUCGAAGAACCCCCAGCAGAAACCCGUCAUCAACCCUAACUACUUCAUGUUCGACUGGGACGUGCAGGCGCACGUCGGUGUGGCCAAGUUCAUUCGCAAGGCGUUGCAGACGGCGCCGUUGAGCGGUCUGGUCGCUGAGGAAUCGACCCCUGGGUUUGAAGUUGUUCCUAAGGGCGCGUCGGUCGAGGAUUGGAAGGAGUGGGCGUUUGAUGGAAACUACCGCUCCAACUUCCACCCCGUCGGCACAGCCGCCAUGAUGCCCCGCAAGUCCGGCGGCGUCGUGGACAACAAACUCACCGUGUACGGCACCUCGAACGUGCGCGUCGUCGACGCCUCGGUUCUCCCCUUCCAGGUGUGCGGCCACUUGGUCAGCACGCUGUACGCGGUCGCUGAGCGGGCGGCGGAUCUGAUCAAGAAGGAUUCGGAUCUGUUCUAG